CUGUUGCAAUCUGGGGGAGAUUCACGUUUUCCUAACGUCAUGUACUGUGUGUUAUAAGAGUAUCUGAUAUAGGAGGUGAAGGUGACUCUGGACUUUGGGAGCAUGGAAACAUCAGUGGACGCGGCCAACGAUCGAGUCUCGUACACUCAGAGUAACCCACUGUUUGACAUGUCGCUCAGCAGGAGUGAUCUCUACAGCUUCCAGCAUGACAAUCUGAAGCCAGCGAAGCCCAGAAGACAGUGGUGUUUGAACAUUGUGGUUGUUUACCUCAUCUUACAGACCCCCCUUAAUGCCUUCCUCCUCUAUAAAGUUUUCAUGUUUGAGUCGCAUUCUGACGCCAGGUCAGAACAGCUGUCGUCCAAUCACAUUCCUACGGGUGAAGAGCAGGGCGAUGGCGACCUCCAAACUCUCAUCCACAACAACACCCAAGAAACCAAGACCCUGAAGGGCCACGUGUGGACCCUUCAGAACCAGGUCAACAGCCUGUGUGGAGAGGAGGGUCAGCUGGACAGGAUGAAGGCCGACCUAAACCUGCUGAACACGAGCACAAACAACCUGGGAGACAAACUGACGGCCAUUAGCCUCAAACCAGGACCUGCUGGACCUGCUGGACCUGCUGGACCUCAUGGACCUGCUGGAUCUCCUGGAUCUCCUGGACUUCGUGGACCUCCAGGUACAAAUGGGCUGGCAGGUCAACCAGGAGAGAGGGGCCUCAAAGGUGACAGCGGCGGCGUUGGACCUCCAGGAAAUAAGGGUGACACGGGACUCAACGGAAAACCCGGACAGCCAGGAGUUACAGGCCCACCUGGACCUCGUGGAUCACCAGGUCCUUCGGGUCCUCCUGGGAAUCAAGGACCAGGUUCAAAGGGAGAGAAAGGAGAUCGUGGGGUCGCAGGAACUCAGGGAGCCAAAGGUGACGUGGGGCCCCGGGGACAACCAGGAAAUCCUGGAACAUCUGGACUGAAAGGAGACAGCGGCAACAUCGGACCAGCAGGUCCACCAGGACCUCCAGGUCCAAGAGGAAGUACUGGUCUAAGAGGCUCCCCCGGACUACAAGGUGCCAAAGGAGCCAAGGGAGAAAAAGGAAGCUCAGAGGGUGCAGUGCGUCUGAUACCGGGGCCGAGCCGAGGCCGCGUGGAGGUGCGGCACAACGGCGCGUGGGGCACCGUGUGUGACGACGGCUUCGACACUGUGGAUGGCAAAGUGAUCUGUAAGAUGCUGGGCUACCAGAGAGCCACUUCCACCUUCACCGCCAAUGCAGGGACUGGUUCGAUCUGGCUGGAUGACCUGCGAUGCACAGGAGUAGAGGCUUCUAUCUUUAACUGCCCUCACAAUGGAAUCGGAGUGAACAACUGCCAACACACCGAGGACGCCGGAUUGCAGUGUGCUUAGACUCAGUUAGGAUUUAACGAUAAAGAUGAUGCAGCCACACACACACACACACUCACACACCCAUAUAUUACUGCAGAUAUAAGCACAGAACAGUGAUGCUAAUGAUGAUGCUCACAGCUGGAUCUCAUUAUAUAUUCAUAAAACACAGCAUAUAAAAUUGCAUUUUAUUAUCAAACACAUUAGCUUAAAUGACAGUGUAAAUGUACUGUAAAAGAAACGAAUAAAAAACUUUCCUGGAA